AUGGCGAACUUCCUAUACUUGACGGCGUUCUCGAUAGCGGCUGCGUACAUAGCUGCUCGAAGUGCUUUCCCCUACGCUGCGUUGAUCGGGUUUUUGAUCCCGUUCAGCUAUGCCAUCUUCCUGGUCUUCGUCUAUCCUUUCUACUUCAGCCCAUUCCGCCACCUGCCUGAGCCAAAGGGUGCGAAGUUCCCCUGGGCACACGCCUCAGAAAUUCUAGAAAACCGCAACGGACCCGCGUACCGAAAAUGGAUGACCACGGUGCCGAACGGCGGCAUGAUGCGCUUGAGGGUGUUGUUCAACCAGGAGCGUUUGUUGUUGACUUCUCCUGAGGCGAUGAAGGAGGUUCUUGUGCAGAAGACUUAUGAGUUUCAUAAGCCUUCGCAGCCGACGUUUUUGUUUCGGCAGUUGCUUGGGAAUGGGAUUUUGGUGGCCGAGGGGGCGGAGCAUAAGGAGCAACGAAAAGCGCUUCUGCCAGCCUUCUCAUUCCGACAUAUCAAGGAGCUCUACCCCCUGUUCUGGAACAAGGCUAGAGAGUCCACAGAGGAGAUCGCCAAAGCAUCCAAGUCUUCUUCAGAAUCCGGUCCAGAGCCUCAGAAAGCGUACGAGUGGGCAAGUCGAACGACUCUAGACAUCAUCGGUCAAUCAGGUCUUGGUUACGACUUCAACGCAACAUCCAAUCCAGACGGAAAGAUUGUCCAAAACUAUCGACUCAUCUUCGACAACGAGCCACCAAACUUCCGAUGGACAUUUGUCGGCAUAUGGGCACCACUGGAGCUCAUGUGGUACUUGCGGCUGCCACCGUUAAGCUACGGCAAGACCAUAGCGGACUCGAUUCGAAGCUUUCUCACGAAACGAGUGCAAGAGAAGCGGGGGCUCCUAGAGAAGGACGCCGCCUCUCAAAUCGACAUCAUGUCCAUCGCCAUGAAGUCCGGCCAGUUCAGCGACGCAGAAGUCGUAGACCAAAUGAUGACAUUCCUCGCCGCGGGCCACGAGACGACCGCAUCGGCCUUGACAUGGGCGAUCUACCAGCUCUGCAACUUCCCCAAGAUCCAAGACCGGCUACGUGAAGAACUUCGAUCCUCACUCCCCUCGAUCAAAGACCACAACUCCACAAUCACCGCCCAACAGAUCGAGUCUCUACCCUACCUCAACGCCGUCUGCAACGAAAUCCUCCGCUUCAUCCCCUCCGUCCCCACAACCGUCCGCGACGCCCUCGUCGACACCACCAUCCAGGGCCAAUUCAUCCCAAAGGGCACAAGAAUCUUCCUCUCCCCCUGGGCGAUGAACACAUCCCCCACGCUCUGGGGUCCCGACGCCCAAGAAUUCAACCCCGACCGCUGGAUGGCAGACGGCACAGCGAACUCGGGAGGCAGUAAGAACAACUUCGCGUUCCUGACUUUCUUGCACGGUCCCAGGAGCUGUAUCGGGAAAGAUUUCGCCAAGGCGGAGUUUUUGUGUUUGCUUGCGGCGUGGAUUGCGAGGUUUCGGGUGAGGUGGCCCGAGGGAGAGAGGUUGGAUAUGGAUCUUCAUGGGUGGGUUACUGUGAGGCCGGGGCAUAAAUUGCCGGUUUUGUUUGAGGAGGUUUGA